AUGAAAUUGGAGGUCUCAGCCAGUUCUGGAGCUGAAAAGGAGCUGAAUGACAUGGAGGGUUGGAGCAACAAGGAAUUCCCAGUAGGAACUGGACAUAGCAACCUUGAUACGGACUCUCUUGAGCCAGACGUCCAGUGCCAGCAUUUUCGGGAAUACAGCUACCAGGAGGAUGAAGGGCCCCGAGUGGUCUGUAGCCAACUUCAUCGUCUCUGUAGCCAGUGGCUGAAGCCAGAAAAACACACCAAGGCUGAAAUGCUGGACCUGAUCGUCCUUGAACAGUUCCUGGCUGUCCUGCCACCAGCGAUGAAGAUCUGGGUCAGAGAGUGCAAGCCGGAAACCACUUCCCAGGCCAUGUCCCUGGUGGAAGGUUUCCUCCAUGCUGCCCGUGAGGGAAGACACAGCGAGAACCAGGACGAAUUGUGUUGGGAAGGCUUGGAAACAGUGGUUUGUAAAGAGAGUCGUCUUCAAGGAAGGACAAGUGAAGGAAAAACACAUAGUAGAAAUGAAGAUUUUGCUUUUCCACUCAGAGAUUCGCAAGAUUCUCUGCUCCAGGAAAACAGAGAGAAAAGGAAGAAAACGGGUAAAUGUUCUUUGGACAGAAAUAACUGUAGUCUAAGUGCUGCUUGGACAAUCCACACGGGAGGGAGACCGCUGAAAACCCCAGAAGGUGCCAAGAGUCUUUGCGAUCAUUCACCCUUCGGAAUUCAUCAAACUUUUCAGAGCUUCAAAAGUAGAAGGAGCUUCCAGCACAGACCAAACCUUGUUUUCCCUCAGGAAAAUGACACAGAGAAACCCUUUAAAUUUGUAGCCUGUGGAAAGAGCUUCAGUCAAAGGGCAUCCUUGCCUCAUCACCUGAGGAUCCACACUGGGGAGAAGCCAUUUAAAUGCUUGGAAUGUGGAAAGAGUUUUUGUCAUCAUAGAAACCUUGCCAGUCAUUUGAAAAUCCACACAAGGGAGAAACCAUUUGCGUGUUGGGAAUGUGGGAAGAGCUUCCGUCACAGGGCAUCCCUGACUCGUCAUCUGCGGAUCCACACCGGGGAGAAACCAUUUCAGUGCUCAGAAUGUGGAAAGAGUUUCGGCCAGAGCACAACCCUGAAUAACCACAUGAGAAUCCACACAGGGGAGAAACCGUUUACGUGCUUGGAAUGUGGGACGAGCUUCAGGCAGAGGGAGCAACUCACUUCUCAUCAAAGAAGCCACAGAGAGAGAGAGAGAAAAGUUUAAAUGCUUGGAGGGUCACGAGGCCUUGAAGAAGGAGACGAAUCUCAUUUUCCAUCAAAACAUUCACCCCGGUUAGAACUUGGCAGGUUUGCCUCCAGGCAUUGCAUCAGGGAAAGAUAGUGUUGUGUUUCCUAUAGAAACAAAGAACAGAUUUUUGUAGUUCCAAAAGAAACACUCGGGCGGAAUCUGAUUUUCUAAUGACUGCCGUGGAUUGUCCUCUUUUCCCCUUCACUGCCCUUUUUCCUACACCAAAAAGUAAACAAAACAAAACCAUGGAAAUACAGCUCCCUUUCUAAGAUAAACCCUCCAGUCUUGUGUUGUUGUUUUUCCUCUCACUCUCCCUUUUCUAACUUUCCAUUCCUCCUUGGAUGGCGGGAAAAAGAACUGUGCAGAAUGAGUUGGAUUCGGGCUUUUCCUUACGCGUACACUUCCCCUUGAAAUUGUUGAAACAUUAGCUAGUCAAGUAAGAAUUCCUAUUCAUUUGAAGCAAGUUAGCGGUACCUGGACAUGAUCCAGUGUUUUGAAGUAACCAAUCUGUUACCUUGUAUUAUUUGAAGGAAGGGGAGAUUGAAAAUAUUUAGAAAAUAUCAUGGAUUCAACCAAGGAUGACAUUCACAUUUAUUUAUAUUUUGUUUGCAACUUGCAAGAAUUUCCCCAGGCAGAAUCCUGGGAGCUGCAGUCCAAAAGCAGUCAUUUAGAGAAGACCUUCUCUCACUUCUGUUUGACCCUUUGUCCAGU